GAGUUAUAUAAUGGACAUUAAGUGUGCGCGUCUUAUCUGCACUUAGAAACCUUCCCCUCUACUUAAUCACUGCCAUUAAGCUCGUUUGCGUUGCCAACGUCGCUCCCCCUUCCCGCCCUGUCUACAUCUGCAUUGACAUCUACCUCCACCUUCAUAUCCACCCUCCUACAUCAUGACGGGCGCCAACGGUGUCAACGGUGUCAAGGCUCCUAAGCCUACAUUCCCCUCGGAGGCUGCCACGAGGGAGUAUGCCGCCUCGCUAGACAAGGCAGACCCUCUGCGCGCACUCCGCGAUGAAUUCAUCAUUCCUUCCAAGGCCAAUCUGGCCAGCAAGAAGCUCGCCAAGCCAGGUCUCUCCUCCGAGCCCAGUAUUUACUUCUGUGGUAACUCACUGGGCAUUCAGCCCAAGGCCACCGCCAAGUAUAUGGAGGCUCAAUUAGAUACCUGGGCGUCCAUUGGUGUCUGUGGCCAUUUCACCAAUAUUGAAGAUUCCCCGCUAUCAGAGUGGCAGACGCUCUCCGAACAGGCUUCGGCUUCCAUGUGCAAGAUUGUUGGCGCUUCGCCGGAGGAGGUUGCCGCCAUGGGUACUCUAACGAUGAACCUGCACCUGCUACUGGCCAGUUUCUACAAGCCGACGGAAACUAAGAAGAAGAUCCUAAUGGACUGGAAGGCUUUCCCAAGUGAUCACUACGCUAUCGAGUCGCACAUUGCCUGGCACGGGUUCGAUGCCAAGGAGAACAUGGUCCUCAUUGGACCCGAUGAGGGCACAUACGAGAUCUCCACAGAGAAGAUCCUCUCAUACAUUGACAAGCACGCCGACGAUGCUGCUGUUCUCCUCCUCCCCGGCAUCCAGUACUAUACCGGCCAGCUCUUCGACAUCCCCACCAUCACCAAGUAUGCACAGGACCGCGGCCUGACCGUGGGCUGGGAUCUGGCACACGCUUACGGCAAUGUCGAGAUCAAGCUUCACGACUGGAACGUCGACUUUGCUGCUUGGUGCACGUACAAGUACGGCAAUGCCGGCCCGGGUGCGAUGGGCGGUCUAUUCGUGCACGAGCGCCACGGCAAAGUCGACUACAGCGAGGGCGAGGACUCGCCCAAGUUCCGUCACCGAUUGACGGGCUGGUACGGUGGUGACCGCUCAGUCCGAUUCAAGAUGGACAACAAAUUCAAACCCAUCCCCGGCGCGAACGGCUAUGUCAUUUCCAACCCUUCCGUAAUCGACCUAACAACCCUCUGCGCUGCCCUCUCCGUCUUUGACAAAACCAGCAUGACACAGCUCCGUCAAAAAUCAUUUAAACUAACCGCCUACCUCGAGUAUCUCCUCCUCAAGGACAGCACGGAUGCAGACCGCCAGUUCACAAUCAUCACCCCAUCUGACCCGCACGCCCGUGGUGCACAGCUGAGUGUGCUGCUCAAGCCGGGCCUGUUGCAUAAUGUGGCGCAGAAGCUGCAGGAUGCAGGCAUCAUUUGUGAUAAGCGGGAGCCGGAUGUUGUUCGGGUGGCGCCGGUGCCGUUGUAUAAUACUUUUGAGGAGGUGUUUACUUUUGUGGAGGUCUUUAAGAGUGCCUUGUCGCAGUAGGGUGAAGGUGCUGGCUGUUUUGGAUGGGGGAUGGGUUCAUAUGAGCUUAUUUGGGAGAUACCAUAGAUGAAAAUAGCAUACUGGCCAGUCUUACAUUUGAAGGAUUUCUCGGGCAAACUAUCCAUGAAGUAAUUGUACGAUUCCAUUUCGUUCUACCAGACCAAGCAUAGUAAAUUCAGGAAGAAUCCCGUGAUAUCUCAUUCAGAGACCUCGACUGCCUAAAAAUUCCCAAUAUUAGUCCAAGUAUCUCCACCCCUCAAGAACUCCUGCCCCUGCGAGAAAAAGUUGGUCGCCAAAAUCGAAAACUCAUCAUUCGUCAACGUAAGCUGCUGCGGCGAAACCAACGACUGUCCCGAAUAAUCCGCAAACCCAGUCGCAGCAUUAGCCCCAAAGCCACCACCGGGCGACUGGAAACUCGCCGGUUUCUCCUCCCCAAUACGUGUUGGCGCAGGUAACGGCGAAGUCUGCGAGACUUCCGGGUUCGCAGUGGACGGUCCCGCAUAGAGCGAGUCACCGAAGAGCCGGCGGGCGGAAUCUGCGUCGCUGUUUGAAGAGUACUCGAGGAUUUCCCAGAAUUUGGAGAGGUCGAUUAGUAGGCUUUGGUUUUGUGCGUUGGCGUCGGAUUGGUAGGUUGCCGAGACGGCGUCUUCGAGGUGCUGGAGGCGUUGGGCGAGGCGGGACAUAUGAGGCCAUCGUUCACCGAUUUUUUGGACGAAGUUGACGCAUUUGGCGAAGCGGUCGCGCUUUUGGUCGCGGAUUGUUGGGUCAUCUGUGAAACUGAGUUGGAGUUCGAUUGUGGCUACGACGGCGGCGCUGUAGCCUAGGAGAGGGUCGGAGACGAAGAAUGAUUUCUCUUCGAAGUAGUUGAUGAAGUGGAUGAUCCAGGUGGUGUGGGAGGAGAUCAAGUCGGAGGUAUGUUGGAGGAAGAUCUCGGGGAUGGUGCUGCGGAACGUGCGCAGGCUGAGAGAUAGUAGGAGUGGAUGGUUCAGUAGACAAAGCAUGGUGUGGUACAUGAACUGGUUUAGAAACCAGGGUCCCCAGUAUUCGCGAUGAGCUUGUAGCUCCUCCAGGGAUCUAUCACUGAGAUUCGCCGGUUUGAAGCGAUGUAUGAGAGGCAUUUUCGUCUCCAGGUCCAUCUGCAGCGCGAUGAUUUUCGAGUAUUCGGAGUGCGGAGACCAAGGGGGCACCUUGCUUGGUCGUCCAUGGUGUCUGACAUACCGCCCCGUCCGUGCGAAGGGCUCGCUCAGCAUAAUGACAUAGGCUAAAAUUCCCUGGUCUUGUAUAUCACUUCUCCGCGUGUCGGGGGGCAGGGGACCUGGGGAGAGCAUCCGUGCAGGUCGUGUCGGACUCUGGGGGUAGAAUGGGCCUCCUCCUUCGGGGAUAUCGAUUGAGAACUCGCCACCGUGCAGUCGUUUCAGCAAGCAUAUGCUCCAAAAACAACGUCUGCGUUCCUCACGAUGUAUGUUGCUCAUUGGUGCGCGAGGCUCUAGGCCGAGAUUUGCGCAUUGAGCUAGAUUCAUCGCAAGACUGCUGUGGAUGCUGGAACGAUGCGUAUUGCCAUCUGUUGCCAUGCGACUCUUAGCAAAGUAGACAUCUUGUCAGCUGGUAGAGCACAUACUUGUAAAAUCAACCAGGCUCAACAGACAAAGACAUUGGAGGGUCGAAACCUCGAC